AAAGGUUAACAAAAUUCGCAAAAGAAAACUAUGUAGAGAACGUGUGGAAGAACUUGCUCGGAAAGAAGAAUGCUUCAAAUUUUCAAUAUUUCUAAAUCAGUCCAUAUUUUAAUACGACUCAGACUUCAGUUAUGAAACCCACACACACAUCUUCUCUCUCUCUCUCUAACGUAUAAAACUGUCUUCGAUUUUUAGUAGAAUGCUGUAAAAUUGAUUGUAGGUUUACCGAAAAAAAUGAAAUUCCCAAUUGGCACAGUGGCCGUAAUUUUCCUGUUUUCCCUAAUUUCUGUGGAUCCAAAUCCAGUUUCCGCUCAUUUCUUCCCAAAUAUAUCAUCAAUUCCAUCUUCCAUAAUCCCAAACGCUUCAAUCUGGGACGCUUUCAGCGGCCUGCACGGCUGCCGGAAAGGCGUGAAAUCUAAAGGCCUAGCCAACCUCAAGAAGUAUUUCCAGCUCUUCGGCUACCUCAACACCUCUUACAAUGAUUUCUCCGACGACUUCGACGACUUCCUCGAAUCCGCCGUCAGGAAUUACCAGCUAAACUUCAACCUCAACGGAACCGGCGAGCUCGACGCGCCCACGCUGAAGCACAUCGUGCUGCCGCGCUGCGGCAAUCCGGACAUCGUCAACGGCACCUCCACGAUGCGUUCAGGCAAAUCGCACAGCGCCAACUCAUCCACUAUCCACACGGUGGCGCACUACUCCUUCUUCCCCAACCGCCCCCGCUGGCCCCCGGGGAAGAGCGAGCUAACCUACGCCUUUGCGCCGGAGAACCAGCUCCCCGACGCCGUCAAAGGCGUCUUCGCGCGCGCCUUCGAGCGCUGGUCGGAGGUCACGCCGCUCACCUUCACGGAGGCGGCGUCGUUCAACCGCGCCGAUCUCAAGAUCGGAUUCUUCAGCGGCGAUCACGGCGACGGCGAGCCGUUCGACGGCGUGUUGGGGACGCUGGCGCACGCGUUCUCGCCGCCGGUGGGAAGGCUGCAUUUCGACGGCGCGGAGAGUUGGGUGACCGACGGUGAUUUUAUCAACGGGUCGCCGAUGUCGGCGGUGGAUCUGGAGUCGGUUGCGGUUCAUGAAAUCGGGCAUUUACUCGGGUUGGGUCAUAGUUCGGUAGAGGAUGCGAUCAUGUACCCGACUAUUUCGUCGGGCACCCGGAAAGUGGAGCUUGCAAAUGAUGAUAUUAUGGGUAUCCAAGAGCUAUACGGGUCUAACCCGAAUUAUAAUGGGUCGGUUACGGCGUUGGAUCCUUUGACUCCGACAGGUGAGAGGGAUACCAGCGGGGCUCCCACGGAUGGGGUCAUACUGCUUGUUGGAUUCAUAUCUCUCUUAUUAUUUUUAAUUUAGAUUUUUUGGAUAUAGUUUUAUUUUUUUUUAUACCAUGUUCGGUAUUAGACGUAAAUAUUUGGUAUUCUUAUUAUAUUUUAUUGUUUGUAGACGACCGAGUUCUUGUUUACCUUUGUUUUUUUUGGAUAUAGUUUUUCCUUACAUGUACAGACAUUAUGACCAUUUUGUUAGGUCAAUGGAAUAAAUCUUAGCUAAUUUUUUUUUUUUGAUAA